UUGUCAUUUUAAAAACAUGGCGACGUACCAGUAAUGAAUUAGUGUAACGUCAACAUUAUUUUAAGUUAAACUUUCAGUUCCCGUUAAUUUACGUUUAUUUAUCUUAACAUCUUUGUCACCCUUCCGUUCUCCCAGUUUAAAGAGCCGCAAUUCGAUAUGGAGAACCAAGCCGCAGGUGCCAGCCGCAGCAGCCCCUCGAAGCUGGAACAGGCCCAGCAGCAGGUCAAUGAGGUUGUGGGCAUUAUGAGGGUGAACGUGGAGAAGGUUCUGGAGAGGGACCAGAAGUUGUCGGAGCUCGACAGCCGGGCCGAUGCUCUCCAGGAAGGGGGAAAGAGGUUCGAGCAGCAGGCACAGAAGCUGAAAAGGAAGUACUGGUGGAAGAACAUCAAGAUGAUGAUCAUCAUGGGGGUGAUUGGCGCCAUCGUUUUGGUUAUCAUAAUAGUGUCUUUCACCGGUACGGGAGGAAGCAAUUCCACUUCUACUGUUACUACACCUAAAGACAAUGCAGUUACCUCUGCCCCUACACCAUAAUCCAGAGCCGGUUUUCCCAAGUACAUAAACUUAACCGUACAGAAGUUUAAAUUUUCAUUUAACACAGCCUUACUAUGUUCUUUUAGUCAAGUUUAUGUACUGUACUUAUGUUACUGCACGUUGCGUUGUAAAUGAUUCUUUUUAUUAAACUUUAGUUGUAUGUUAUUAAUUGAUGGAAAAUAUGCCUUAAAAACGUGCCUUGUUGUAAACGGUUGCACAAUAAAGAAAAUUGGAAGUCAGUGUUCCAAUAAAUAUUUUUAUAUCAGUCUAGUAUUAACCCGUUUUAAAUUUUUAUGUAGUUCGUACAUUGUGACAAGGUUUAUAAGGUUAUAAAGUUAGGUUAAGUUUAUACAAUAAAGGAUUAAUUGUGAUUACAUUAUUUACCCAAAUAUAUAUUUAUUUGA